AUGGCCACCAAUGGUAUCUAUGCAGAACAGGCCACCACUGCCCCACCCUUCUUAAGAUCCACCAACCUCCUCGCAACCCAUUGUCUUCAUAAGCCAGUGAUCGCAACUGGCAGCGCUAAUCCUCCUCUCGAGGCUGCCACCAUUCCGACACAACCAUCGCACAAGAGGAAACUUCCCAGCUCCAUUCCAACCCUUGUCGCUGCAAAGAUUCCUGCAGCUUUUGGACCUGAUGGCCACCCUCUGAAGAAGAAACUGUCUACCUUGAUGGGAAUGGAGUUCAAGGCUGCACAAAGCACUGUGGUCUUGCCACCUGUGGAUAAUUGCACGCAGGAAGAUAUACUCCUCAGGCUUAGUAAUCAAUCUGGAUUUAUCUACAAAGUCCUCGAGCUGUCCAAUGCUUUGGUUGGGAUCCCUGACCCUUUUGUGUCGAUCGAGCGGCAUGGUAACUGGGUUGAGAUUUUCAAGAUUAAAUUUCUUGAGGAGUUUGUCGAUGUAAUGACUUUGGGAAAUGUCGGUUAUUGGUGA